AUGCCUACCUCUGAGGCCUCCGGUGUGGGCAGUAACUCUAGUGCCAUGCCCUGGGACCCUGGCUCUAAUGGUGAUGUGCCCUGGCCUUCGGUGGCCAACAGCGUGGUGAAGAUGGUGCUCAUAUCCGUGAUCGUGUGCGUGUCUUUGUUCGGGAACGUGGUGGUGUUGCUGGUGUUUCAAAGAAAGCCCCAACUGCUCCAUGUGGCCAAUCGAUUUGUUCUCAACCUGCUGCUGGCAGACCUGCUCCAGACCAUUCUGGUCAUGCCCUUCGCCAUCGCCGCCACCGUGCCAGGUGUCUGGCCCUUGGAUGCCCGCCUCUGCCAGGCCCUGGUGGUGCUCAUGCACCUGUUUGCCUUUGCGGGGGUCAACACAAUUAUCGUUGUGUCGGUGGACCGCUACCUGGCCAUCAUCCACCCACUGUCCUACCCCACCCGGAUGACCCCUCACCUGGGCACAAACCUCAUUGCAUGCACCUGGGUGCUGAGCCUGCUCCAGAGCACGCCGCCUCUCUAUGGCUGGGGCGCCAUCAAUUUUGACCCCCGUCACAACGUGUGCUCUGUGGUGUGGUCCUCCAGCCUCUCCUAUUCCGUCCUGGUCUCCACCUUCUCCUUCUGGCUGCCCGUGCUCAUCAUGCUGGGCUGCUAUUGGAUGGUAUUUAGGGCCGCAAGAAGGCAGAACGCCCUGGUUCACCCCAUCCAGACCCACAACCACCCCAACCCGCAGCCCCAGCCGUCAGACUCCCAGGCCCCCUGCUCCUCUAGCCCCCAGCGGCAACCCCAACAGGCUCCUCCAUCGGAGAGCUCCUUCUCUGCCGGAGGGUACCCCAUCCGGGCCAGGCACAGACGUUUCCACUACCAGUGCAAGGCAGCCAGGGUGGUGUUUGUCAUCAUGGCCUCCUACAUCCUGAGCAUGGGUCCAUACAGUGUUCUCAACACGGUGUCUAUUCACUCCAGUGCUGCCGUCCCCCCCUGGCUGGCCUCUCUGGCCCUGGUGCUGUUCUUCCUGCAGUGCUGCCUCCACCCCUACAUCUACGGCUACAUGCACCGCAGCGUGAGGAAGGAGUUCCUCGCCCUGCUGUGUGGGCCUCUCUGCCGGCAGGCCCAGCGCAGCCAGACCUCGGCCGUGGACAGCUGCUUCACCGUGGGCACGGACGGCCGCUCCGCCGCCCACCCCCACCUGCCCAGCCUGGCAGCCCGUGUCUGCCCCAUGCGCACCUGGGAGGAAGGGACCACCUGCUCCUCCCCCACCAUGGACAGGAAGUCCAGAGACAGCCGCAAGGAGACCACCUCCAUCAGCCUGAGCUCAGAAAGGGAGCUCACCGUACACAGCAAGUAGACCUCUUCAGUAGGGGGAAUGUCACUCUCUGCACAUCUGUAG